AUGGCGGGCCUGUCCCACCUGGCGCUCAGGUUCUCCGGCUCGGCCGCCGCUUCCUACGGCGUCUUCUCCAAGGGGCUGACGCGGACGCUGCUGACGUUCUUUGACUUGGCCUGGAGACUGCGCCUCCGCUUCCCCUACCUCUACCUCAUUGCCUCGAUGAUGCUCAACGUCCGCCUUCAGGUUCAUAUUGAAAUCCAUUAAUUGGCUUUGAGGGAACAUAUUUCCCAGAAUAAUUGAGUCCUG